AUGGACUCAUUUGGAGCAGCUUUACAAUGCAGAAUUAGAAGCUUUCUAAAAUUAUCUGACCUGAAUGAAACUUCUAUUUCUCCUAAACCUGUUGAACGACAGUGUGUAUUAACAGUUUUAAGAGUAUUUUCAGAAAAAACUUAUGCUGCUCUUUUGCAACAUCCUGACAUGAUACAUAUUGCUGUUAUUGACAUAUUUAUUGCUAUAUUUAUUAAUAAAGUUAUUAUUUGGUGGAAAAUUUUAAAUGUCAAAGCCAUUGGUGCUGAUACAAGGCAUAAUGAUCCUUUGCAGGCUGUUAUCAACAAUCCUGAUGACAACCGUUUAAAUUUAAUACUACAAUUUGGUGAUAUGGCACUUAAAAUGGCAGGUCCCAAAGAUCACCUGGAAAAAGAAUAUAGUAUACUUCGUCAAGGUUCUGGUGGUACAUAUUUUCUUAGUGUUCAACAAGUUAUUGAAAAAUUACGUAUCAAACAUGCAUCUUUACUUUUGAAGUUAAAUGUAGAUAUUGACAAUUUUAAUGUGAAGUCUGGUCAUCAAUGUGCGUUAUGUGAUUACAAAUUGUCUGAAGACUGCUGCGAAAUUCUUGAUAACUUGCAAGAUCUAGAAUCUUUUAUUGCUGAUGAUGUUAAAAUGUCACUUAUUCACAUUGCUGGUUAUGUUACACUAAAUGAUAAAGAACGAACUGAUUAUGAACUUUUAGAUCAAACAACGUUCUAUUUUCAGAAAUAUGGUCAGUUUUCUAAAUUUUUGGAUCGUGGUGGAUUAAAAUUUCCAACUGAUAAUUCAUGCCAAUGGACAUUUUUUUGUUUUGUAGUUUUUCAAAUAGUUAAAGAUCAUGUAUGCCGAAAAUCUUUAAGUAGUAUUUUUAUGAUUAUAUCAGACUAUUAUUUAUUGGAUAUGGAAGAACAUCAUUGUGUAAUAUUGAGCAACAUUUUUUUUUUAAAUUUAUGUACCACUGUUACUCUGGCAAAUCUGGCAAAGAACCUGCACUAAAAUUAUUAAAAAUCUCUUAAAAGUCUACUUAGUUGUCUACUGUUUAUAAUAUAUUCAGUAUACUUUUUUAUAAAAGAUUUAUAAAAGUUUCAUA